CAGUUGACAUGUUUCUUUCAUUACUUUGAACAAACAUCUCUCACAUUGUUUUUUAACAUUCAACAUCAUUUUAAAUGUCCUUGUCUGUAAUAAUGAUGACCUUAUAAAGUAAUAAGUCCUUAUAAAACAUGUUUCCUCUGUCAGCAGGCUUUGUGUGGAGAGUUGGAUACUGGGCGAGAGAGCAGAGAACAACACCGAAAGCUACUGCGCUGCUGUGGGCACACCAACUUCUAAAUGUGAAGCUAUCCCAUGAUGCAACAUGUGUCCCCAGCACCUGCAGUGACAAUGAUGGCCACCCAGAGCGUUCCUCCACCAUCGUACCAGGAGAGCCAACAGAUGACGGGCACCACUCAGCAGAACAACAAGACCCCACAGGUCCAUAUCCCAGCAGCCUCUGCAGCAGGAAAUACCUCUGUCAGUGUGACCCUUGACCCCCAGGCCCAGCUUGAGUCUGACAAGAGGGCCGUUUACAGACACCCGUUGUUCCCCUUGCUGGCGUUGUUGUUUGAGAAAUGUGAGCAGGCCACACAGGGAUCUGAAUGCAUCACGUCAGCCAGCUUUGACGUGGACAUCGAAAACUUUGUGCACCAGCAGGAGCGAGAACACAAACCCUUCUUCAGUGAAGACCCAGAGCUGGACAACUUGAUGGUAAAGGCCAUCCAGGUGUUGCGAAUCCACCUAUUAGAGUUAGAGAAGGUCAAUGAGCUCUGUAAAGAUUUCUGCAACCGUUACAUCACCUGCCUCAAGACCAAGAUGCACAGCGACAACCUCCUCCGUAACGACCUGGGAGGACCUUACUCUCCGUCACACACCAGUCUCAACAUGCAGCAGGAACUAAUUCAGACCUCCUCUCCAUCCAUGACCUCUGUCUCCAGCUCUGUUAACCCUUCAGGGAUAUUGGUGCCCGCCGGGGGUCUGCAACAGGGCAAUGUCGCCAUGACGACCAUCAACUCCCAAGUGGUAACGGGUGGGACCCUGUACCAGCCGGUUGCCAUGGUGACAUCACAAGGGCAAGUGUUAACGCAGGCUCUGCCGCCGGGAACCAUCCAGAUCCAGAACUCACAGGUAAACGUGGACCUGUCGUCCCUGUUGGACAGUGAAGACAAGAAGUCCAAGAAUAAAAGGGGGGUCCUGCCCAAACAUGCCACCAACAUCAUGCGCUCCUGGCUCUUUCAGCAUCUCAUGCACCCGUACCCGACAGAAGAUGAGAAAAGGCAGAUCGCAGGACAAACUAAUCUAACCCUGCUGCAAGUCAACAACUGGUUCAUCAACGCUCGCCGGCGUAUCCUGCAGCCCAUGCUGGACGCCAGUAACCCGGACCCAGCUCCUAAAGCCAAGAAGAUGAAGUCCCAGCACCGUCCCACGCAGCGCUUCUGGCCCGACUCCAUCGUGGCUGGAGUCCUGCAGUCGCACAGAUCAGGAAACAACUCAGACAACCCUCUGAGCAUGGACAGCCUCCAGUCCCUGUCCUCAGACUCGGCCACGCUGGCCAUGCAGCAGGCCAUGCUGGGAGCAGACGACUCCAUGGACGGCACCGAGGAGGACGACGAAGAGGAGGAGGAGGAGGAGGAGGAGGAAGGGAUGGAAGAGGAAGAAGAGGAGGAGGAUGGAGAGGAGGAGAACGAAAGGGGGAGGCAAAUGUCCAGCGGAGGAGGAGGAGGAGGAGGAGGAAGGAGAGACCUGCGCAUAGAGCACAGAGAGGAACUAGAAUAUAGUGAAAGAGACAGUGAGGAUGAGGCAGACAGAGCCACGCUGAGGCAUGUGACACAGGAGUUCAACAUGUCCAUCGCCCAGGCGGCAGCCAAGGCCAUGCUAUCUGAUGCCCUGCUGCAGGGCGGCCCCGGGGUAAACCGGAUCAGCCACCUGGAGCUGGAGCUUCCUCUGGACAAGGUCAUCAAGUACGUGUCUGUCGGCCUCCCGCUGCUGCUGGUCUGCAUGGCGUUCGCCCGCGAGGUCUCCCUGGGGCCUCAGAUCAGCUGUUUCCCUCCCAGCAAUUUCACCAUCAAGCAGGCCAGCUAUGUCGACACAUACUGCUGGGACUCUCUCAUGCAUCAUGAGUUUGACAGCGAUGGGAACUUCGAGGAGCGCUCGCUCUGGGUGCACAAAAUGUUUCCUUAUUCUCUUCUGGCCAUGGCCGUGUUGAUGUACCUGCCCGCUCUGAUCUGGCGCCAGCUCGUCAUGCCCACACUGGGCUCAGACCUGCUCUUUAUAAUUGACGAACUGGACAAGUCCUAUAACCGCUCGGUCCGACUGGCUCAGAGCAUUCUGGAAAUGCGCCAGAGCACCAAGAACCCGCUCACAUUUCAGGCCGAGCUGCAAAGGGCCAAGAAGAAGCGCUACUUUGAGUACCCUCUACUUGAAAGAUACAUGCAGUGCAAGCAAAACUCCUAUUUCCUCGUUAGCAUGCUCUUCCUGCGGGGCUUCCUGCUGCUGACCUUCAUGUCAGCCGCCUGUCUCUACUUGGCGUACUUCCACCUCUCGGCCUUCCUGCAGGACGAGUUCAGCUGCUUCGUCCGCACCGGCAUGCUGCGUGACCAGAACUGGGUUCCUGAACUGGUUCAGUGUAAAAUGAUUGGCCAGUUGGUGUUCCAGGUGAUCAGCGUGGCCAACGGAGCCAUCUACGUCCUGCUGGCGCCCAUCGUCCUCUUUAGUCUGAUUCGUCUCUUCGUUUGGGACACCACCUUCUUCUCCGUCUACGAGGUCCUCCCCGCUCUGGACCUCCUCAACCGGCGCCGACUGGGCUGCCCGUUGAACGACCUCAAUGUGCUGCUGCUCUUCUUGCGUGCCAACGUGGCCCACCUGAUGUCCUACGGGAAGGUGAGGGCUCUGUGCUCUCUGGCACCCCCGCAGGUAGGCAACGGUACUGCAGGGCAGGGCUUGGACGCAAUGCUGACCCAGGAGGAGAUGGAGGAGCGCGAAGAGGCCGCGAUGGAGCUGAGAGAGGAGGUGGAGGAGGCCAAGGAGGAAGGGAAGCUCAACCUGGUGGAUAUCAUGACUAUUCUGGGAGCGGCUCAGGGAAGAGUGGUGAACUGCAGCGAGAAGAGGCCUCUGGUGGAGGAGAAUAUGAGUCUCGGUACUGUAACACUUAUCUACACACUCAAACGCAUUCUGCUAGUGGCUAUUUUCACAUACAUCAUUUGGGAUGUACAAAAAAUUAUUAAGUGACCUCCAGAC